CUCAAUCGCUCAUUCAAAUCACUUAGAUAUACAGUAUGGGCCAAUAGUAUAUUGAAACAAAGAGGCUUGGUCGUUAAUGACUUGAUGGAUGACUUUAAUGAUGGAGUGUUAUUGAUCAUAUUGAUGGAGAUAUUGACGAAUGAACGAAUUGAAGGCACUCACUCGACGAAACAACGACCAACAAACAGAUUGCAUAUGCUCAAUAAUGUUCAGGUGGCACUGCAGGCGAUUGAACGCGCUGGCAUCAACCUGGUCAAUCUGCGCCCAGAGAACCUGGUCGACCGCCACACCAAGAUGACCCUGUCGCUGCUCGGCAGGAUAAUCUCCAAGUUCCACAUCCAGCUCUGUUUGAACGAUGAGGACUUUAUGGAUGCGCAGUCAUCGUCCUCUGCCACAACAUCCACGUCGGACUUGGGUCAGAUGCAGACGGCCGACGGACCCUCUCACCCCCUCAGAUCGUCAUCUGCGAGAGGCUCACAAUCAAACUUGCUCAACGCGCUCACAUCCUCAAUGACGACGACAACGACAUCAACAUCGACCGCGACAAAGACGCCACGCGAGGCGUUGCUGCGGUGGUGUCGCCGCGAGCUCGAGCCCUACGGCCUGAGCGUGAGCAACUUCUCCAAGGCCUUCCAGAACGUCCAACUGUUUUACGCGCUCACACACAGCCAGGCGCAGACGGCCAUCGAUCUGGACAAGUUGAACGACAUGGACAACAUUGACGGUCUCAAGCUCUGCUUCGACAUUGCAGAGAAGACGCUCAACAUCCCAGCCAUGCUGCCGCCACAGGCAAUCAUCGACGGCCAGCUGGACGAGACAUGUGUCAUGGCAUACGUAGCCUGCUUCCUCAAUCUGCAGCGAGGCGUCACCACGGGUCACUCACGCACCUGGUCCGUCGGCUCCAACAACUCGCAGGCCGGCAACACAAACAACAACAACAUAAGCGGCAACAAUAACAACAGUGGCGACAACAACAGGUAUAAGCGAGCAUCGCUCAAGCGCGUCGAGCCACCACACACACCAGAGAGGAACCUGCACGUAUAUACCAAUGGAGGCAGCAACAACAGCAGUCCAUUCUCGGCUGGCAACAUGGUCAUGUCACCGAGCUCCACGUCACACACACCAAGUGCUCUUGGCCUGGCCAGCGUCAACAACAAGUUUGCGAUCAUGGAGAUACUGGCGACGUUCUCCAAUGAGCUGCAGCGCAUUACACGCGAGCACGAGGAGAUGCUCAACAAGACGGCCGCCAAGCUCGACGACCGCGUCAACCGCCUGGGCGACAAGCUCGACCAGCUAGAGGUCAAGAUAUCGGCCAUCAAGACGGCCGCAUUUGUCGUGUCUGGCGGCGCAGCCGGCCUGCUGAGCGCGAGCAGCGGACCAGAUAGCACAUGCUCGACCCCGCCCCUGUCCGCUCUGGACGCACGCAACGCCAAGUCAAAGAAGGAUCGUCUCGGCGAGACCAAGGAGGAGCGCGAUGAGCGCCGCGAGAAGCGUCGCAGCAGACGCAAGGAACGCGAGGAUCGCAAGAUCAAGGAGGAGCGCCACAGCGUGUCGAGCAUCACGCAGUCGCUGUCGUCGAGCAGUCUCACUGAGCUCAUGGCCACCGCCACCAAGGAGGACGUCAUUCGCAUCACACGAGUCCAAGCAAUGGUUCGUGGCUACCUCGCCCGCCGCCACUUCAAGCGCGCCAAGAACAGACGCGACGUGGCGCUGGAGAUACUGCACACAGAGCACACCUACCUGCAGAGCCUGGAGGUGCUGUCCAAGCAGUAUCUGGUGCCCCUGCGCGAGAAGUCCGAGACGCUCGGCCUGAACGUCGACAACAUCAAGACGCUCUACAACAACAUCCAGGUGAUCACCAACAUCAACAACAGCCUUUUGAUCAAGCUACGCGAGCGCAUUGAGGCGCGCCCAUGGCACGUCGAGACGCAGUUUGGCGAUAUCUUCUUCAAGAUGUGCGACCUUCUCAAGUGCUAUAUCGCCUAUGUCAACCAGUACAACCGCUCGCUGAACUCCAUCAACGAGUUUGCCAAGUACCCGGCGCUAAGCGAGUACAUGGCCGCGACGUUCCAGCGCACCAACCAGCAGUUGCGCGAUCUCAUCAUCAUUCCCGUGCAGCGCAUUCCGCGCUACGUGCUGCUGCUCGAGGAGAUGGUGCGCGUCACCGAGCUGACGCACCCCGACCGCGCGCAACUGGCGCUCUCGCUCACCAAGAUGCAGGCGAUCGCCGACCACGUCAACGAGAAGCGUCGCGACUUUGAGAACGUGCAGCACGUGUCCCUGCUGCAAGACGCCAUCCUAGGCUUCAACAUCAUGGACUACGCAUCACUGCGCUACAUCAUGGAGGGCGAGCUGCAGUUCAAUCUGCCGACGGCCUCGUCGGGCAGCGGCUUUGGCUCGACGCUGGCCGGUGUCGUCUCGGGCUCUGAGCACCGCGCCGACCACGCCAAGUCUGGCGCGACCGUGCCCACCGUGCUCCACGUCUUCCUCUUCAACCAGAUGCUCGUCGUAUGUAAAUAUAAGAAGGGCAAGGACAGCUAUGCCAAGCAUCUCUUCUCGUCCACCACCGAUCGCAAGUCCAAGCAUCCCAAGUACAAGUUCAUCUUCAAGCACAACCUCAACAGUGACACCAAGCUGUCGCAUAACAAGUCGGAAGGAUGGUUUGGCGUGGACUCCAACUCUGAGUAUAGGAAGUUUGUUACCAAGACCGUCGCGGAGAAGGACAUGUGGAUUCAACAUAUACAGUCUUGCAUCACCAAGGCAGCCGAGAACAAGAUGUCCAAGGUCAUC